UUACAGAUGCAUCAUAAGCCAAAUUGUGAGCCAUAAUAGUGGCACUGAAUUUCUAAACACAAGAAAUUGCUUAGACAGUUGGUUUAGUAUCUGUGUAUGGGCAAUACUCUGUCCUGCAGUAGGCAAUAUGUCAGCUGAAUCACCAAUCACACUGAAUAUUGAUCCUCAGGAUCUUCAGGUCCAAACAUUUACUGUAGAGAAGUUGCUGGAGCCUCUCAUAAUUCAGGUUACCACACUUGUAAAUUGUCCCCAGAAUCCUUCCAACAGGAAAAAAGGACGUUCAAAAAGAGCCAGAGUCCUCCUAGCUUCUGUAGAGGAAGCAACUUGGAAUUUAUUAGACAAAGGAGAGAAGAUUGCCCAGGAAGCCACUGUUUUAAAGGAAGAGCUUACUGCUGCACUCCAGGAAAUUCGCAAAGAAAGUGAAGCUCUGAAGGUAUCAGCUGAGAGAUUUACAGAUGACCCCUGUUAUCUCCCGAAAAGGGAGGCUGUGGUUCAAGCUGCUCGUGCCUUGUUGGCUGCAGUUACCAGACUCCUUAUCCUUGCGGACAUGAUUGAUGUCAUGUGUCUCUUGCAGCAUGUGUCAUCUUUUCAAAGAACACUUGAGUGCCUUAAAAAUGUUUCCAACAAAUCUGAUCUUCAGAAAACCUACCAGAAGCUUGGGAAGGAGCUGGAAGAUCUGGAUUAUUUGGCUUUCAAACGUCAGCAGGACUUAAAAUCUCCAAAUCAGAGGGAUGAAAUUGCAGGGGCACGAGCCACACUGAAGGAGAACUCCCCCCUCUUGCAUUCCAUUUGCUCAGCUUGUUUAGAACAUUCUGAUGUUGCUUCACUCAAAGCCAGUAAGGAUACAGUUUGUGAAGAAAUUCAGAAUGCCCUCAAUGUAAUUUCAAAUGCUUCCCAAGGCAUCCAGAAUAUGCCGGCCCCAUCGGAACCACAAGCAGCAACCCUGGGAAGUGCACUCGAUGAGCUGGAGAAUUUAAUUGUCCUGAACCCACUCACAGUGACGGAAGAGGAAAUAAGACCAUCACUAGAAAAACGCCUUGAAGCCAUCAUCAGUGGGGCUGCUCUGUUGGCAGACUCUUCAUGUACAAGGGAUUUCCACCGGGAGCGGAUUAUUGCAGAAUGCAAUGCCAUUCGCCAGGCUCUUCAGGACCUGCUUUCAGAGUACAUGAACAAUACUGGAAAAAAAGAAAGGAGUAAUACUCUGAAUAUUGCUAUAGACAACAUGUGCAAGAAGACAAGAGACCUUCGUAGACAGCUCCGCAAGGCUAUUAUAGAUCAUGUGUCAGACUCUUUCUUGGAUACAACAGUCCCACUUUUGGUUCUCAUUGAAGCUGCUAAGAAUGGCCGGGAAAAGGAAAUAAAAGAAUAUGCUGCAAUAUUUCAUGAACACACCAGCAGGCUUGUAGAGGUUGCAAAUCUUGCUUGUUCCAUGUCGACAAAUGAAGAUGGAAUUAAAAUUGUCAGAAUUGCAGCCAAUCACCUAGAAACUUUGUGCCCGCAGGUUAUUAAUGCUGCGCUUGCUUUGGCUGCAAGACCCAAAAGUCAAGUGGUAAAAAACACCAUGGAAAUGUACAAACACACAUGGGAGAACUAUAUACAUGUCCUCACUGAAGCUGUAGAUGACAUUACAAGCAUUGAUGACUUCCUUGCUGUAUCUGAAAGCCAUAUCCUGGAAGAUGUCAACAAGUGUAUCAUAGCCUUGAGAGACCAGGAUGCAGAUAAUUUAGACCGUGCCGCAGGAGCUAUCAGAGGAAGGGCAGCAAGAGUUGCUCACAUUGUCACAGGUGAAAUGGACAGUUAUGAACCUGGGGCUUACACUGAAGGUGUUAUGAGAAAUGUUAACUUCCUUACAAGUACUGUAAUUCCUGAGUUUGUAACACAAGUGAAUGUCGCCUUGGAAGCCUUAAACAAGAACUCCUUAAACGUAUUUGAUGAUAAUCAAUUUGUGGAUAUCUCAAAGAAGAUCUAUGACACAAUUCAUGAUAUCAGAUGUUCUGUCAUGAUGAUUCGGGGGUGGUACCUGGGCCUGAUGUUCAGAGUCAGUCAAGCUCUUGUGGCCAAAGAAAGCAACCCUCAGGCAGGGUGGCAGGUGCUUGCAGUUAGAAGAUUCAGCAGGACUGCUGAGUGUAAUUUAGGCAAAGGCCCACUAAAACAUACAACUGAGGUGAUAUAUGCAGCUAAAAUGAUAUCAGAAUCAGGAUCAAGGAUGGAUGUCCUCGCUCGGCAGAUUGCUAACCAGUGUCCAGAUCCAUCAUGCAAACAGGACCUGCUGGCCUAUCUGGAACAAAUAAAAUUCUAUUCCCAUCAACUGAAAAUCUGCAGCCAAGUUAAAGCUGAGAUCCAGAACCUGGGGGGAGAACUCAUCAUGUCAGCUUUGGACAGUGUCACCUCCCUGAUCCAAGCAGCCAAAAAUUUAAUGAAUGCUGUAGUGCAAACAGUGAAAAUGUCUUAUAUCGCCUCAACCAAGAUCAUCCGAAUCCAGAGUCCUGCUGGGCCCCGGCACCCUGUAGUGAUGUGGAGAAUGAAGGCUCCAGCAAAAAAACCCUUGAUUAAAAGAGAGAAACCAGAAGAAACGUAUGCAGCCAUCAGACGAGGCUCUGCAAGGAAAAAAAUCCAUCCAGUGCAAGUCAUGAGUGAAUUUAGAGGAAGACAAAUCUACUGAAAGCACUAUUCUGCACGGGUGCCCACAUUAGGAAGUCUGAACUAACCGCACUGCUUUAUUUUACACUUGAUUAGUUCUGUAAUUUCACUAAGUUUCAGAGUUUAACUCACAAAUAGCAUAAAAAAAACAUCGAAACUAAAACAACAUAAACAACAUAUAUUUGGGGUCAUGUCACUGUUAUAGUCCACACAUAAUGGUUAAUCAUCCUAUGCUGGUCCAGUGAAUGAUGCCUUUAGGUAUUACUCAGCCUGUCCCAUCGAAGUGAAUGUGUUAUAUUCAUUACCAAAUGAACACAGGAGACAAAUGAGUCUUGUUUAUCUGUAAUAGUUUAAGUACCUUCACUCUUUUCAUUGUGAAAUUCAAAUACUGACAUUAACUCAAUUUAGUUUCAAUGGAAACAAAAGACUUUAUAAAAUAUUUUGUCAGUUAAUCUCCAUACUUUCUUUAUCUGACCUAACCUGAUGGGAAUGCGUGACUUCUUUGAUAGGAAAAACUUUCAAUCUCUACAUAUUUGUUUCUAUUGUCAACUGAUUAGUCUAAUGUCUAUCAUUAGCUAAUCAAAUUUGAGCAGUGAAGUUACUGGAUUUUGGAGGCCAGCCUUGGUUAUUAACAAAAUGCUUUAUUAAUAUUAUAAAGAUUACAGUGACCUUUGAUGCCAGGUAUAUAGCUUUUAGGAUUCCAUUGUGUUCAAUAGUUCUGCACUUUUGAUUACUGGGGCCCUUGAAACAAAUAUGUAGAAGAGCUAUCACCUAUAAGGUAACUGAGACACUGAACUACGUUCCAGAGUAAGUUAUGAUAACAGGAGUAUGCAGAAUUCUGCAUGACUCUAAAAUUCCAUUUCUAUCUGCUUGCAAUUGUAAUUAAAAAGAAAGGCCAGUUUGAAAAACCUUUUGGCAUUGAGUAAAAUAUAACUCAGUGAAUUGUACCAUUGAACUAUGAAACAGAGUUAAUGGCAAGGAAGCUGGAGUGAUCUUAAUAGCAUUCUUUUAAAUAAAAGUCAUUGGGGGUCAUUUUAUAAGUUCAAUAACUGUGCUCAUUCAGAGUUGAGUUCACAAUGGACAUCCUAAUAGCCCCAGAGUCUAGUAUUUGCUCUCUCUCUCCUUUACCUAUUGGAUUUUCAGUGAGCUCUUUGUAGAAAUUAAGCCUCAUCUAUAUUUUGUCUCACCCAUGGGGUUUCCAUUCAUAGGAUUUUUAAAAUAUUAAUUCCAUAUUCUAUUUUAUAAUAACAACAUUAUAAAUUUAACUCAUCACAUGUAAAACAUUGUUAUUGAUGAGCAGUUUCAAUCACCAUAUCCCUUUAGAUUGAUGAAAAAAAUAUAAUGUUUUUCAUAUAACACCAAUUGAUGUUAGGAGCACCAAUUUGGGUAAAUGGAGUCACUAAACAUAAGAAAGCAUAUAGUUCAAGAGCAGGUUAUAUAUGGUAAAUUGAGCAAAAUGGUAUGGGAAAAGAAGGAUAUAAUUAAUAGUCUGGCAUUAAUUAUGAGUGAAAUGUUCCCUUUCCUUAAUUAUAAUGAGUCAUUUAAUUUUUCAAAGUGCUGAAUUGCCUGGGCUCUGUGUGCAUACUUUUUAGGAAUUAAAGACAAUUAACUCCUUUCUGCCUUGCACCACAUUCUUGCCACAAUAUUUAUUCUGACCAAAGUCAAACACUUAAGAAAGAAGACAGUGAAGAAAACAAAAUAAAAAUUCAGAUGGCUCUGUCGUGCAGAACUAUCCAGACAAGUAAGGCAAAUGGGGUUUCUUUUGUUGAAAUGCUCCCAUUGUAUUCUGCUGCACAUGUUGAGCACCUAUAUCACAUCCUUCUAUCAGGUUCAAGUGUGAACUUAUUAUUUAGCUGAGAAAUGAAUUUUCUUUGAAAUUCAUCAAACAUCUAGCUCUUUAUCUUAGCUCCUAAAGCCACAUGCACACAAUUUGGAAGAGUUUCAUCUAGAAAAAUCUAAUAUCCAUUUGGCCCUAUAUGUUGUUUUUCCACAUGUUGGAAUUUAGAAUGCAGUAUUGGGACACCAAUUACCAAAUAACUUUUAUCUCUUGAAAUAAAAGUGACAUUUUACUCAACAUUAUAUGUGAACAAGUCUUUCUCUUUAAUAUAGGUAGGUUUCCAGCAGCUUAGCUCCAAGAAAACAACUGUGAUUAAACAAAACAAUAAAACUUUAGCUCUGCAAAAGUCCCAGGAGUAAAUCUGCAGUAUUAAUCAAAGGGACAGUAAAAACAAGAUGCAUAAAGCUGAGAAAUAUAUCUGUCCACAUGAGCAAAUUCCUGCAGUAGACAGAAUUUCAAAAUUUUAUUAAAACCUGUGAUAAUACAAAUGUGUAUACCAAAAAAUAAAACAAAACAAAACAAAAAAAAACCUAGUAGUAGAUCUGUGUAUUAUAAAGCAUAGGUAAAUAAAUAUGUUCAAUAAGUACAUUUCUAUUGGACUUAUUUGUAUGUAGGCCUUUCUUCUGCAGAGGAAUGCUGGAAAUUUCUUAAUUAGAGUGAUAAUAUGGAGGCCCAUUAUGAAUCUUUGAAAUCAUAUAUAUCAUCAAGAUUUCUAUCUCCUCUGAUAAUAUACUUACUUGAUCUUACUAAUUAGAACACACCCUUCUCUUCUGUUGAAAUUGAUUUAUGUUCAUUUGCAUAGAAAAAAAUAAGAGGAAAGAGAAAUUUUAUGCCACCCACAAGGACCAUUCCAUUCCUGGUGAGCCACCUGCAUCACUGCCAAAUGUUAAGACUAGCAUCAAAAUAACUUGGAAAAUAUCCAUGAAAUCAAAUCCAUUAAAGAUGAUUCUUCUAAUUAUAAAAACUAGAAGGUUUUCACCAAAUAUAAAAGGUGAAAAAUAUAAAUCUCUAUCACAAAUUAAAAAUUAUUAAGAUUAAAAUGUUUUUACCCUAAUGAAUUUCUGAAUAGUUCUUGAAUGAGUCAGAGGUGCGGGGAGAACCUCAAACAUUAAAUUUCUAUGCAAAUUUCUCUGAAUUAUUACUUUCUGUUUGUCUUCGAUAUGAGUGCAACCUACAAUGUGUUAGAAAAUAUGAUGUAAAAUACCAGCUACUUGGGAACCUGAGCAGGAGGAUUGCAAUUUGGAGAUCAGCCUGGAGAACUUAGCAAAACCCUUCUUCAAAAGAAAGAGUAAAAAGGGCUAAGGAUGUAGCUCAGUGGCAUCACACAUGACUAGGAUGCAUGAGGCUGUAGGUUUAAUUCCCAGUACCAACCCCCUAUCCCAAAUUUAUAUAUAUAUAAUUUUUCCUUCAUAUACAUAACAGUGCCUUUUGACCUUUGGAAAUCUUUUAAGAUCAAUAAUAUAUAUGUUCCCCAUAAUCUCUUUUGUACAGCAAUAAGGACCCCAUGCCUACAGAGAGGACUAUUCUUGCAAUCCUACAUUAUUAAAAAGAGUUUUGGAAAAGGUCAGUUUUUCAGUCCUACUGUGGUAAGUUAGUUAAAAUUGUGAGUAUUUUUGAAUUAAAUAUUUGUGAAUUAAAUGCCCAACUUGGGUCUUCAAACUUAAUAAUGUUCCUCAAAUUCAAUAAUGAGUGACUAAAAAGACAGGCUGGGGUCUUCAAUGUCUUCCUAAAUCUUCACUUUUUGGGUGAUCUCAUUUCUUAUCUAUUUAAGCAUCUAUAAAUUGACAAAUAUAUUCUGUAGGAUUUCAGUUAAAUUUAUACAAGUUUUUAUUCCUUUACUCUUUCUAAACAUUCUUUUUGGUGUCAAAUACAUACUUUAAUGCUAGGGAUCAUGGUUCCCAUGGAUACGGAUUCCUGUACAGUAGCCAAGUGAAUGGAAUGAGAUCUAAGACCUUUCCUGGUGUUAUCUACCAUUCUCUAGUGAAUUUCCUGCAGAAUUGCCAGCCUGCUUUAGUACUGUCAUAAGUUAUUGUCUAGGUUAGAAAGAUAGGUGCCAAAAUAUCAAUUUCAAUGAAAACUGUACUUUCUUUUAUCAGCUUGUCUUUAGCCAAAACAGCUCACCUAUGGUAUAUUUACGAAUCAGCUAUACAUUUUAUGUUUCUAAGGUCCAAAAUAUUUGUUUCACCUAUCAAAAAGUUUAGGGGCACACGCUUAAAAACUUGCAUGUUACUUUUUAAGUAAACUAGGAAAAUUUCUACAAGUAUGAUGUUAUUGUUUUUUCUAUGUUCAAAUAUCAGGAAACAAUAUUUAUCUAAAGGAAAACUCCCCCCUUUUUUUCUUUGCUUCUUUUCCCAUACCAUUAGGAUAUGUUCAGUGUUAGUAUUUUGCCUGUAACUCCCCAAAUACACAAGGAAGGCCUAAUGACGAAAGCAUGGCAUAUGAAGUAUUUUGAAAGUGUUCAUUUUGGCCCUUUGGAUUAAAUUAGGAAAAAAAAAAAACAUGGAUGCUAUUAAAACUAGGUGUAUUUAACUGAAUUUUUCCUAAUCAAGGAUAUUGGCACUAUCUGAGAUAUCUAAAAGAGAAAAAGAUUAAAAUUUUUAAAAUAUAUUUCUUUCCAUUUUUAAUCAAUUUCCAUGAACAAGAACAUAGUUUCUAUUUAAAGCAAAGUAAGGAAUUUUAGUUAUUUUGCAUGUGAAUACCUCCCCAGUAGACUAUGUAAAAUCUAUCCUUGAACACUUGGAAAGAAGGUAAUUAAUACUCCCAGAGACAACUGCCUCCAAAUGGAACCCAACUUGAUCCUAAGUCUGUAGGCAAUGGAUGGUCUGUGGGGCUGACACUUGCAUAUCAUCCCCAGAUGAGAUUAUUCAUGGCUGCAUUAUAGCAUCCAGCAGCUCCCACUGAUUAGUGGGAACAAAAUACAUGGAUUUACUUUCAGCAUGAGCAUGUCAAGUGGGAUUGAAAAGGAAAAAUGGUAGAGCAUUUCUAUUGAAAUGGAUAAGAAUGUGCCAAAGGUAGAGGAGGGAAUGAGAGGGAUAUUUUCAGAAGCAGAUAUCAUUUAUAGAGAGAUGGUGAAGAGUUUUUGGUUCUAUGAAGAUUAGGCAGACUUACCUUGAGGAGGAUUUUCUGGGUAGGACUGGAGACUUGUCCUCAUGUUUUGGUGGUUAGGUAAAGUACUGUAAGAGGCAAAAGAAUGAACUGCAAGAAUUUUGAGGGUGAUUUAGUAAAAUGAUUCAUAAGUUGAAAAGCAAGUAUUCAGUCAUUCUUCAGGCCAGUGAUGGGUGAAAUUUUUAGGAUAUACCAGAGAUCAAAACAAAUAAUGAUCUUUGUCUUCAUGUGCCAAAUCUGUUAAAUUCUGAUCCAUCAUUUAAUACUUGAAUAAUUUUAUAAAAUAGACAUUAUUGUUUCUAUUCCACAGCUAAGGAAACUGAGGCCUGAACACAAUAAGAAUUUUGUUCAAAGUCUUACUGGCUUUAAAAUUAUAUUUUUUACUCCUCAUAUUCUGAAAUUUUAGCUGCUUUACCAUCCAAACUUCUUAGAAAAUGAGAUUGAGUUUUCUAGUUCAUAAUGAGAUACACACUUCAAGACAUCCCUAAUAUCCUGUGUCAGAACAAAAGAUAAAAUCUUUAAAAAUAUAUUAUUUAUAUAUAUCCUACAUUAUUCCAAACACAUAAAAGUCAUAUAAAUAAUUAGCUGGAUUCUCACCUCUAAUAACUCAAUACAGUGUACCAGGUUAUAUAGGGAAUCAAUAUUUUUUUCCGUAUGAUCUGAUAAAAGAGAACAGCCCUUAUGCAGAAUUACUUUAAUCACUACAGAGGGGAAAGCUUCAAUGGAAAUGCCUAUGUCAGCCUAUCUUCAGGAUUCACUGGUAAAAACUACUUGUUGCUGUCCUUACCCUUUUAUAGCUGAUGUGUGCCUGUGUGUUUUUUUUUUUUUUAAGAGAGAGAGAAUUUUAAUAAUUACUUUUUAGUUUUCGGUGGACACAACAUUUUUGUUUGUAUGUGGUGCUGAGGAUCGAACCUGGGCCGAAUGCAUGCCAGGUGAGCGUUCUACCGCUUGAGCCACAUCCCCAGCCCUGUGCCUGUGUUUAAAGUUAGGAAUUCCAAGAGUUCUUAGGCCAAGGAUUGUUGAAAUAGACUAUCACUUUUCUGUGACUCAUCCCACAGCUCUUUGUUUACAGCGGUCACAUGUACACAGCAUGUGUCUGAAUAUAGGUGACUUCUUCCCUUAAUGUCACAUGGUCCUUCUUUCUAAUGCCAGCUGAAGAGUCCUCUUUCCCAUGUUGUGUUAAGCUUCCACAACCAGGCACUAGAGAGUGACAUGACUUUCCAGUAUAUAAACAGCCAUAGGUGUUUCCUCAAACUAGGAAUUUGUUUAUUUGGGGUCUUUACUCUUGUGUAUUUGGUAGUUGUGAUGGUCCCUGUUUCAAGUGUAAGAAAAGGAAGUGUUCAUGAUGAAGGAAAUGUUCUAUUAAAAAGUCGCUUACUUAUAACACUUAGUUUCUCUCUCUCUCUCUCUCUCUCUCUCUCUCUCUCUCUCUCUCUCUCUCUCUCUCUCGGUAGUAUUGGGAUAGAACCUAGAGUAUUCUACCACUGAGCUACAUUCCAGCCUUUUAAAUUUUUAUUUUUAUUUUGAGGCAUGGUCUCACUAAGUUACUGAAACUGUCCUUUAACUUUAAAUCCUCCUGCCUCAACCUCCCAAAUUAAUGGGAUUGAUUAUAAGCAUGUACCACUUUGCCAGCUAAAAGGCUCAAAUUUCUAACAAAUCGUGUCUGAAAAUGUCUUAAAUGUAGGACAUAUGUAAAAAAGCAACUUACAUAUUAUCAAAGUCAUUCUUGUAUUUCCAUUUCAAAUGAGAUAUUUUCUUGUUCUAAAGUUUUCUUUUCUUGGCAUUUUCAAGCAGGAUGCUUAUAUUUAGUUCUUUGAUUAUUUGGUCUUGACCGGCUGUUGCAUCUCUUUUUAAACAUUUCAAAAGUUACAUUGAUAGUUCCAAAUCCUAUGGGCAACUUGUUUUUUUCUAUUCAGACAUCCAUGGAUUGUGGAUUCCCAGACCAAACUGCCAUUUCAUGGCAGUUUUCCAUCUUUGUAAAAUAUCUGCCCCUUGCUGGUAUUCACUGAGAAGCUAGCUUAGACCAGUGGGUUUCUGUAACCUGGGCUUUUUGACAUUAGGUUUGGACUGGAGUACCAACUCACAAAGGAAAGGAGCAGGUUUGAGAGGUUUAUUCACUUUCAGUGAAACAGAACUUUUCUCUUUCUGAAGGCUUUAGACAUAAAACUAAUUUCAAAAAUACUGUAAAGAAAGUGUUUCAUUGCUUCCCAAAUCUUAUAUGUAAGUCUCCAGUCUGUUCAUGGGAGAAUUUCAGCCACUGUCUUGCAGGGUUAAGCUGUACUACUUAUUGGUUUUUAAUUUUCUUCUUGGGUAACAUAGUCCCUCCAAAGAAAAUUUCCUAAAUGACAGAACAAUGGUUUCUCCUCCAUUUCUGUGACUAACAAGUCCCAGGAAACAGAAGUAGACAUAUGUUAUGCCCAAUUUAGUACCUAAUAGUUGAGGCUUAAAACAAAAUUUUCUUGGGCAAAUUGGGUGAUUAAAUAUGAAUUAAAAAUUCCAAUGAAAGAUUUCCAGAUGCCCUUGCUUUCCAUUUUGAUUGUGUUUUUAUUUCUAUAUUAAUUUGGAGAAAAAUAACUUUAAGUACUUUUUUACAGGCAGCAACCUGAUAUCUUAAAAGUGGUGACAUUUCUGCAGGUGAUAUAUACAUUAUAAUUCAGGAUAAAGGCAGCUUUAAACUAAGAUAGUCUGGGAUGAAAUAAAAGCAAGCUAUGGAUAAUGGUCAUGUUUAUUGCAGUAGUACCCUGAGAACUUAAGUUUAGUGGCAUUUGAGGUGAUUCAGAUCAUCUCGCUUUUACAUCUCAACCUGCUGUGCUGAGGCAGAGGGACAAUUGUGAAUUGCCCAUUAGUGUAAUGGACAAUUUGAAGCAGUUUUGGUUAUAGAUAAAACUUGCAGUUUUAUGUUUUGGCUAUAGAUAAAUUUGGCAUAAGGUUCUGUAGAUCUUUCUGAUCCAUAUUUGUCCUUAAAGACAAUUUCACCAAUCAAUAAAAUGAAUUAUUCAUUCAAAAGUAUGGUUGUUCAGUAGCCUAUGACAUUGACAUAGAAACCCAAAUGCUCCUUGUUUGAGAUUCUGCAUGCCUUGUAAGUUUGACUGAAUCAAAUGUUGUUUUCAUUAUGCUCUCAAAUGUAUUGCUUCACACGUGUAACUCUGUAACUCUGUUGUAUUAUUACUUUAGUUUCAUUUCAACUCAUGUCGCAUUGGAGUUCAUUAAGAAUUUGCUCAACUAAAAUUAAAUAAUGUAAGUUAAAAGCAAUAAAGAAAGUAUUGGUUAAA